GGUCCGUAAGGAAAAGAGGAUAUGAUAGUGAUGAAGAUGGAUGGAGGCAACAUUCCCUCACUGAGAACCAAUGGUGGCCAUGCCUGCUGCACCUCAAUCACUCCUCGCUCCUCUUCCUCUUCCCCUUCCCAACGCCGCCGGACCGGUCACCGGACUCCGAUUUCGCGCUCACCUCUGCUCAACCUCCAUUGCAGCUUCUUCCACAGCUCCCAUUCCUUCUCCUCGUCGCCGCAAUUUCAUCGUCUUUGCUGGCGGAUUUCGAGCAUUUGGCGUUCCAACUCGGUUGCUUCCCGCUCGAGUGUCUGGUUCCAUUUCCAAGCUUCGCGUCGCGGCGGAAGAACAGCCUAGCUCCUCCUCCUCAUCAGCCGAGGCCGUUGAGAAUGUAGUGAUUGUAGGAUCAGGUCCUGCUGGAUACACAGCAGCAACAUACGCUGCUCGAGCCAACUUGAAGCCUGUAGUGUUCGAAGGAUUCCAAAUUGGCGGUGUGCCGGGAGGACAGCUGAUGACCACAACUGAAGUCGAGAACUUUCCUGGAUUUCCAGAUGGUAUUACAGGUCCAGACUUAAUGGACAGGAUGCGACAGCAGGCUGAGCGAUGGGGAGCAGAAUUACAUCAAGAAGAUGUGGAAUUCAUCGAUGUGAAGAACAGCCCUUUUACAGUGAAAAGCAGCGAACGCCAGGUGAAAUGUAACAGCAUUAUCUAUGCAACCGGAGCCACGGCAAAGAGGCUGUAUUUACCUCGAGAAGAUGAAUUUUGGAGUCGAGGAAUAAGUGCUUGCGCAAUUUGUGAUGGAGCAUCGCCAUUGUAUAAAGGUCAAGACCUUGCUGUGAUUGGGGGAGGUGAUACAGCCACAGAGGAAGCUCUGUACCUGACUAAAUACGCGCGCCAUGUCCAUUUGCUCAUCCGAAAGGACCAAUUAAGGGCAUCGAAAGCAAUGCAAGAUAGAGUAUUUGGGAAUCCAAACAUUACGGUCCACUUCAACACUGAGGCUAAGGAUGUUGUCAGCAACACGAAAGGCCAGCUGUCCGGAGUGUUGGUUCGAAAGGUUGAUAAUGGCGAGGAGUCUGUUUUAGACGUGAAAGGCUUGUUUUAUGGAAUAGGUCAUUCGCCGAAUAGCCAGUUGCUCGAGGGCCAGGUUGAUCUUGAUUCUGCAGGCUACAUUUUGGUUCUCGAAGGCUCUGCUAAAACUUCGGUUGAGGGAGUUUUUGCUGCCGGAGAUGUACAGGAUCACGAAUGGAGGCAAGCCGUAACCGCAGCUGGAUCAGGUUGCAUUGCAGCUCUCUCAGUCGAAAGAUACCUUGCUAGCAAAAACUUACUCAUCGAAUUCCACCAGCCUGCUGUUGAAGAGGCUAAGAAAGAACUUACUGAAAGAGAUGUAGAAGAAGGUUUCGAUAUCACAAUGACAAAGCACCGGGGUCAGUAUGCUCUUCGGAAGCUAUAUCAUGAGAGUCCGAGGCUCCUAUGUGUUCUAUAUACGUCACCAACAUGCGGUCCUUGUAGAACCUUGAAACCGAUUCUUAGUAAGGUAAUAGAUGAAUACAAUCAGAAUGUUCAUUUAGUCGAGAUAGACAUUGAGGAGGAUCCUGAGAUUGCCGAGGCUGCCGGUAUUAUGGGCACGCCUUGUGUACAGUUUUUCAAGAACAAGGAACUGAUCAGUACUGUGUCCGGAGUAAAAAUGAAGAACGAGUACAGACAAUUCAUCGAGGAAAACAAAUAAGAAAGCGUCGAAAAUCCGGGCUAUCUUCUUCUCCAUUCCUUCAUCUUCUCAGGUGCCUCUUAGCAAUUCAUUUAUUAUUAUUAUUAUUAUUACAAUAUGAAUUCUGCUUCCAGAUUACUCAUAGUUUUUUGGCAUACUGGUUUUUCAAUCUUCACUUUUGGGAUUUAAUUUCUCAAUUAUUUGAUUUAUUUUGAAUUUGUCCAAUACAAUGCAUGUGCAAAGUUAUAAGUAAUUAUUGUUAGGAUUUAUUUAAUUUAGGUUGAUUUUGUUUGAUGGAUCUAUCUGUCAAAAAUAUCUUAUAAAUAUCUCCCAACAAAUGCAUAUCUGAAAAUAUCUGUGGUUGGUAAUAUAUUAGUAAUAUCAUGUUUAGGAAACUGUCUACUUAUUUAAA